CUUGUUUUGUAUUGAGUGUUUAUGUCAGUGUGGUUUAACUUUCUCUUUUCUCGCUUAGAUUAGAGUCUGCGAGGAAAUAUUUAGUCAAAAAAUGCGCGAAAUCCUCCUUUUAUCUUCCGAGUAUGUUAUUCCGUGUGAAGUUUUGUUUAUUUAAAUGUUUUAGCAUAUUUUUAAACAUGAUAAAUCUCCUUGCUGCAAUGCUGCGAAACAGUAUGUUAUGGAAAGCAUAUGAUUAUAUCAGAAUCGUGUUUAGCGGUACCAAAAAAGAGGCAGUACCUGACCUUGUACUUUUGUACAAAAGUGAUAACUUUUUCGUUGUGAACAAACCGUACGACAUGCUUAUCAAUUCUGUUGAUGAGACUAGAAAAGCAACUUUAGCCGACCUGCUGAGAGACAAAUUACCACACAUGAUGGAUCCCACGGUUACUUUUGGCUUUAGGUUUGUUCAUCGACUUGAUUAUUCUACAAGUGGCGCCAUCUGUCUUGCAUUUACAAAGGAUGCUGCUGCAGCUGGUAUGCGUGCUCUUGUGGGAUACCAUGCAAAGAAGUUUUAUCUGGCUUUGCUCAGGGGUCAUAUUCAACAAGACAUGGUUCACAUUGAGAAGCCCAUAGGCGGUUGCACCGCUGAGUUGGACAUACAUAAGAUGUGCACUUCCGACAGCCCAUUGUGUAAGAAACCAAGAUAUGCACUCACACAUCUGGCUGUCUUAGAGAGAGGAGAGUAUGAUGGAGAGCCCGCAACGAAAGUCUUGGUGAAACUUCACACAGGGCGGCGCCACCAGAUUCGUGUGCACUGUGAUCACAUUGGCUACCGCGUCGUCGGCGAUUACACAUACAGCAAUCGCACAGACACGACGCCAUUCCGCAUGAUGCUGCACUCGCAUCGUCUGAGUAUUGCCAUGGCGAUGGGAGAGACAGUCGAAGCAGUCGCCCCAGACCCGUUCACCAGUGAGGACGUGGGCUGCCAGUGGCGAUCCACCGAGCAUGUGUGCAGUAUCGACGAUGCGAUGCAGAAACUCAAUGAGGUGAAGCGCUACUCACCGGAGCAAACGUGACCCUGGCAGUAUGUUUUGGUGAAGGUCGUGUAAGAAGGUCACACGGGUAAGGUAGACAGGACAGUCAACGACGUGGGUGGGGUAAACAGUAAACACAUCCCUCAAUCCGCCCUCGCUCGUUUCUGUUGUGCAGGUUCAACUCCGCUUAAUUGAUUGUAUUAUAUUUUAAAAUUAAGUUUUGAGUUCUUAGAUGCCUUAUUCAUCUUUGUUUGAGUUCUUAGAUGCCUUAUUCAUCUUUGUUUGAGUUCUUAGAUGCCUUAUUAAUCAUUGGUUUGGUUUGCCUGCAUUGAACUUUUGUACAUAUGACUGGGCCAUAUCCAUAAUUUUUCCAUCACCCAAACCGCCCUUGCCCGUAAAAGACAUUUUCCAAGUUCUCUUUUCACCAUUUCAAAUCGAAUAGAUAACGUAAGUGUAAUGAUGGCCAUUCUAAACGCAAGGCACAAUUUUAAAAUAUAAUACAGUCAAUUAAACGAAGUUUAACCAUAGUUUAACCUGCACACUGUAAACAACCGAGGGCGGUUUGAGGGAUGGAAACGAGUGUUUACCGGGGUAAACGGGACAGUCAAGGAAGGGGGGAUAAACGGGACAGUCAAGAAAGGGGGAUAAACAGGACAGUCAACGACAUGGAUUGGAUAAACGGGACAGUCAAGAAAGGGGGAUGAGUGGGACAGUCAAGGAAGGGGGAUAAACAGGACAGUCAACGAAGUGGAUUGGAUAAACGGGACAGUCAAGAAAGGGGGAUAAAUGGGACAGCCAAGAAAGGGGGAUAAACGGGACAGUCAAGGAAGGGGGGAUAAAUGGGACAGCUGAUGGUGAUAUAUGAUCAUGAGCUUUUGAUUGAUAUAUGUACUGUGAAAUGAUACGUCUUUCUUCGCUCAUAUAUCUUUCCAUGUUAUACUCGAUCUUACACGUUUCACGUCUCUACAUAACCAUGUGUUUUUCUAACCGAAAGAAACAGUUGUUACGUUUUGAACAUUUAACAUUUCAUGACCAAGUUCAUAAGUGAAUGUCACACUGAAUUCGCGUUAUGCUACGCAGGCAUAUCGUCACAUUGCGUCAUAAAUUUAAUGUCAAAACCACAAAAGUUCUCAGACGAGAACAUGGUCAUAUAGUAGAUGCCACUACAGUUGUUACACGCACGCACGUAGAGUAUUAAAUCUCUGGUUGUCUUCCUGCCGAAUGCUCUCCUUCCUGUUUGAUCUCAGCAGCUUCAAACCUAGCAGCUGGAGCAGAAGAUCGGCGAAGUUUUCACAUGUCAGCCACAGGGUGGGGUCGUUAGCUGCCGACCCGAUAACUUCUUUUGCCCCCAUAGUGUCGAGCAAAUACUGUAAAAUCGAACAUAGGCUUCGUGUCAAUAUGUGUGGUGCAAAAAAAAACAGAUGAAAUAAUAAUAUAAUAGUAAUAAAUAUGUUGUUAAAUUGUA